UUUAUAUAGCACAGGAUACUGGAUAUUGUUUAUCACUACAUUGUAAAUAGUAUUUUAAGUUAUUAAUGGUAUCAUCAUAACAUAAUGAUAUGGUUUAAGACAUUCUGCGGAUGUAGAUAUCUAUGUUGUUUGUAUGUGACACGGACUUAGCGUCCCUUCUUAGGACGAUUCUUUCCUUUUCUAAUUGGCAAGAACAAAGACAAGACGUACCGAAAAAUAGCAGCCGUGUCCAUUUGAAAAUCUACUGUAGCUACCGUUUUUCGGGGGAAGGAGCUAUAGCAGACAAAGAAUUAUGAUACAUGAUUAUUAUAUGGUUCCUUGUGAAGCACUGUAAUCCAAGAUUUUCACACUGAUACUGUCUUCCGACGUGUAGGUCUGGACCCUUUUCAUCGGUUCAAAACAAGGUAAAACGAGGUAGAAAAUGGCGAAAGUUCUAGGCUACCUAUGGCUUCUACCCAUCUUACAGAUACUUACAAGACGCAAAGUAUAUGGCGACCAGACAGGAUGGCAUCUGGUUUAUAAAGGUGUAUCUGAAGCUGGUGAUCCAGAUCUGUAUCAUUUGUGGCGAGAUGACGGCUCGUUAAACGCCUUGAACGACUCAGCACGUGCACUAAAUGACAACCUUAAAGCACACUUCAAAAGUCCGAUGGUAGACAGGUGGUCGGAGAUCGAAAUUCGACGGGUUAAAUUUUCUAUCUACAAAAAUGGCGUAGAAGAAGCAUACGUAAUAUUUGAUGGCAGAAAUACCAACAAAAUGGAUUGGUUUGCUAAAGAAAAAGUGAUGUCAACCUCAUUCAAUGAUUUCAACAGAGAAACAACACGUCAUUUCUCAAUAGAAGGCCACGAUGACGGUGGACAUAGUCGACAUUGGUUUAUAAAUGAGAUUUAUAAUGGAUGCACAAACGAUAAAGGAUGGACAGUGACGAUAACUGCCAAAGGAAGGUGUCCAUGGAACGUGCAUUCGAAAUAUCCACAAAUAAUGUUCUCUCCGACAAGAGGUAGCGUAGUUUGGCAGACAGGUGAUCCGAAAAAAGCCGAUUUCUUUUCUGUCUUUCUCGAAUACAAUGAUCCUUGUCCGUAUAACGUUGUGGUGAUAGAGGGUGUGACGUACACAUUUGAAGCUUCACCGGCAAAUUUCUUGGCUAACUCACUUGAAAUGUGUGGUUUAGAGGAAAAUAAUCCUCGGUCAGCCCGGGCAACGCGCAUGUGUAUUUCUGAUCCGCGAGGAGGUUCAGUCUGGGGAGAAGUUAUAGUUUCGGAAGGUCUAUGUGACAUCGAUGAUAUCAACGAGUUAGCGCAGGUGACUGUGACGGAGAAGAAUGUCGAAGACGUUGCUAGGAAACUGUCAAUCUUCACAGAGGACGAGAAUGACGAACUUAGCCUUAAUGAUGUUGCCACCAUUUUAGAAAGAGUAACUGAAGUAGGAGCAGGCAAUCAAAAUGUAACAAUGUUCACGGUGAAAGUUGUCAGUAAUGUACAAGAUGCAGACGAUGACCUCUUUAUGGCAGACAACCAGAGUAUGAUUGCUUCUUCAAGAAUCGUGAAAUCCCUAGAGGCUCAACUAUCUUCACUUACGAACUUCAGAGACGUCCAGGACAAUGUAGCUGUACAGACGAUGAUGUUCGAUCCAGCAGCUUUGGAAAAUGGAAUCGGAUUUGGUUCCAUCCAACCGAUGAAUGGUAACUUUCGUAACAGCCUUGAACAAGAAAAUAUAAAACAAUUUGAAGACGUAGAUGCAUAUUUAAUGGAGAUGUUUGAAACAUCAAUCGCGUUACCACCGGAAAUUGUCACUAAGAGUCAAGAACAAGCAGGUUCAAAUGAUCUACAAGUGAGCUUCACCAUCUAUCAAACUUCUAAGCUAUUUACAUCUAAUCGUCUAAUGUCUAACAAAACUAGAACGAUCGGAAGUCGCGUCAUAUCGGCUGCUGUAGAGCGAGUAACUGUGGCAGGGUUGAAGGAACCGGUCAGAGCUGCCUACUUACCAGUUGUGGAAGGCGCUGAUGGGAAUCCUGAAUGCGUUUUUUGGGACUUUGAUUUGGAAAACGGACAAGGCGACUGGUCCAACGAAGGCUGUGUUUACAACGAAACAUCCGACGGCCGUGUCGUAUGCUUCUGUGACCAUUUAACAAACUUUGCUGUUAUUUUGGAUUAUUCUGGUCAAGCCGGUCCAACCACGAGGUUUCAAGAUGCUUUGACCUACAUCAGCAUCAUAGGAUGUGUAAUAUCUAUCGUCUUCUUGGUUAUCACUAUUUUUACAUUUAUGUACUUCAAACACUUACGAGGAAAGCGCCCUCAACGGAUACUUAUUAACUUGUGUUUUUCUCUGCUGUUUCUGUAUCUAACUUUUGUCAUCGGGAUUGAGUUGACGAGUUGUCAAAAUUGCUGUAUUGUCGUGGCCAUCAUGUUGCAUUACUUCGUUCUAACGUCGCUGUCGUGGAUGCUUGUUGAAGCGAUAAAUAUGUAUCUAAAAUUUGUUUUGAUAUUUUACGAAGAAAUACGUUGCUUUAUGUUGAAGUCCGCACUCCUUGGCUGGGGUGUACCUAUUAUACCAGUUGCAAUAAUUGCGUCCAUGAACUACAAGGAGAUAUAUUCCAACGACGAAUACUGUUUUAUGAAACCCAGCUUGGAAUUUUAUCUGGGAUUACUGGUCAUUGCAGCAGUUAUUCUUAUCAUAAACUUCGUCAUAUAUGUUCAGGUCAUUCGAAAAUUAACAUGUCGACGAAGGUUUACGAAGGCAAAGAGCGACAAAGAUAAAAUGAGCGAACUGUCGGUCCGUGUGCAGAACGCAAUUGCCAUCAUGAUGCUUUUGGGCCUAACAUGGAUUUUCGGGUUCUUGGCAAUAGACGAAUCCGACACUGUCCGAGAUUUGUUCCAGUUGAUAUUCUGUGUUUGUAACUCGUUGCAGGGUUUAUUUGUGUUCCUACUUUUCUGUGUUCGUCGACGAGAUGUGAGGGAUUCAUGGGCAUAUUUCUGUUGUAAGAUUGGCCAAAAGCCAGGACAGUUUAUAACAACGACUUCAAAGCAACGCUACGCAACCGAGAAAACUUCGGUCUCGGCUAAUUCUACCAAUUAGAAUUAAUGUAUUGUUGUUACCAUUAUAAAGCAAAUGGCUGUAAGUUUGAAAAUCACGAAUAACAUGUUAUUUGCUUAUAUGAAAUUGUAUAAAUUAUGUAGUAUAUAUAUAUAUAUGUAUAUAUAUAUAAGUUGGUAUAAAUUAUGUAGUG